CAUGGCAGCUUCCAGUGAGAAGCUCCUCCGAUCCAUCAGUGAUAUUUAGCUAAAUAAAACCUGAGCAAACUGAGCUGACAGAUGUUGGGUUUCACUGUCAGAACCGUAAUGGAGUAAACAGCCGACAGCGGUGGGAACUUGUGAUCUGGUCUGGAUGGAACCGACGGGUCUACGAGACGUUUUCAAAUGUAUAACACUAUCCAUUGCAGCAAUGGAGGAUAUUGGUCUCCUUCCCAAACCCACGAAUGACCCCCCACUUCACAGACCCACAGUCUCUGAGACUUUUGGGCUGCACCACAUGCCACCAGACCAUCUGCACGUCACUGAUGCAAGCAGGAAAUCUGACAUGGAAAAAGAUGGACCGUCCAAAAAAAGGUCCCACUCAGCAAUAAUAACAGAGCCGCAGAUGAUUCCCCACUGUCCAAUGCAGAAUACACUUCCUCUGGGUACUGACACAACACUCCUCAAUACAGCUGCCAAAAAUGGAAACACUCAUCUGGAUAAGGCUGCCAGAAAAAAAAACAAAACCAAAGUUGCAGAUCCAUCAAAGUGGAAGCAAAACAAGCAGAAACAGCUGAGAAUGGAGGGAAAAGCAUACGUAAGCAAACGAAAAAAAGACGGCGAGGUCGUGACAAAACAGCCAAGAGCAAUGGGACCAAGAUGCACCUCGAAUGCAUGCAAAAAGGCAUCAAACCGGCUUUGCAAUGAAAUCAAUGAAGACACCCGAAAAAAAGUGUUUGAUGAAUUCUGGCAGCACAUGAACUGGGCUCAGAGAAAGAUGUACGUGGCAGGACAAGUCGAUCGCAAUGCGGUGGAAAGAUCUCGAGCAGUGGGAUCGCAGUCGAGACGAUUGGUUUCACUACGUUAUCACUUGAUGGUGGAUGGCAAAAGGAAACAAGUGUGUAAAAACAUGUUCCUGUCCACGUUGGGGAUUGGAGAGUGGUCUGUGCUCAACUGGGCACACACAGGAAAAACAAGAAAGACUGAAUCAAAUGAAAACAGAUUAGAAAAGAGGCAGGUUGUCCCUCAGUGUCCACAACUGAACUCUGCUCCUUCUACACUCAAUAAAACUGUGGCGGUAACCCAGGAACAACAGAAUGCCACUGACAAAGACAGAAACAAGCCACCAGAACUAGAAGGACCAGCCAGAAAGAAAUCCAGAGUUGCCAAACCUUUAACAUGGAAGCAAAAUCGACAGAAACAACUUAGGAUGGAGGGCAAACCGUACAUCAGCAAAAGAAAAAAAGAUGGUGCCACCAUAACUAAAGCUCAGAGGGCGAUGGGACCGAGAUGCACAUCCAGUGCUUGCAAAAAGGCAUCCAACCGCUUCUGUGCUGACUUCAGUGAAGACUCAAGGAACAAGCUGUUUACUAGCUUUUGGCAGUGCAUGAACUGGCCUCAGAGAAAGGUCUAUGUGGCCGGACUAGUUGAUUGCGACCCGGUGGAAAGAACCAGAGCACCAUGGACUCAAUCGAGAAGAUCUGUCUCGAUGCGUUAUCAUUUGAUAGGCGACGGCGACAGAAAACAGGUUUGUAAAAAGAUGUUCCUCUCUACUUUGGGGAUUGGAGAGUGGUCAGUGCUUAACUGGGCACAAAAUGCAUCCCAGCAGGACAAUUCAGAAGAAAAUACUAAGAAGCGAAUGCAGAGAAAGUCCCGUAAAGCUUCAGAGCACAUAUUCCUGAAGGAGUUCCUCGACAGUUUACCCAAAGUGCUCUCUUGUGGGACAUCAAUCUCUAAGCUGUAUCUGGAGCCAGUCUUCUCAAACAUGUCUGAGGUGUAUAGGCACUACUACAACCACUGCUUAGAGAAGAAGACGACGCCUCUGUCCCGGCAGGUUUUCUGUGCUGUAUUUAAAAAGAUGGAUUUGGGAUUGUGCGACCCCAAAAAGGAUCAAGGUUGUUCUUUUGGUGCGACAGGAAACUUGUUCAAAGAUCUUUGGGAGGAAUACUGCAUGGAGAGGGGAGCUUCAGGGCCACAACUAGAGAAAUCAGAGCGACAAGGCACAGUUCCACUGGAUUCACCUCCAACUUCAUGAUGUUUGGCCGGGAAGUGAGUGAGCCGGUAGACCUGGUAACCGGUUUGCCCCCUGACUCUGAAACCACUCCCUCUGCUCCUGAGUAUGUUCAACGCCUCUGUGAGUGGCUGGAGCUGGCGCAUCAAAUUGCCAGGGAUGCACUCAGUGAAUCUGUGAAACGUGCAAAGAGACAGUAUGACAAGAACUGCUGCCACACACAGUAUCAGGUCGGAGAUGCUGUGUGGUAUCUCAUCAAGGGCACAAAGAAGACCAAGAACAGGGUCAGGAAGUUCCUCCCGUCAUAUGAAGGUCCCCUCUUCAUCGUAGGGCAGCUGGAUGACCUAGUGUAUCGCAUCCAUAAAGGCCCAAGAACCAAAGUGAAAGUGGUUCACCAUGAUCAGCUGAAGCCCUAUCGCAGCUGCAAGCUGAUGGACAACACCUGGGCCAUGGAGCAGGCUCAGGGCUGGGCACCGUUGGAGGUGUCACCUCCAGCCUUGGACAAGGAUUCUGCAGACCCAGACCUGGAGCUCUCUGGCCUCUUCUCCAACGCAGACUCCGGCAACACUCCACCAGAUCCAGCAGGGCACACCCCUGCAACUGCU